CUUAAUUAACAACCAUUAAUCAAUUAAUCGUGGAGCUUAGUUACCUCACUGCCUAUAAAUAUAGCUACGUACAAGUGCAAUCAUUCUCAAGAAUUGAUUAAUCUUCUCUCUCGAUCGAUCGAGCUUAUUUAAUUUGGCGAUAUAAUGAGCACCGACGAGGAGAGGAAGAGAAAGACAUUUAUCGAUGUACAAAUUAAAGCACUAGAUGACAUCGUUGCCAUGAAUUCACUCUUCACGAUCGCCGUAUUCGUGGGGUUAUCACUGGCAUCUUCAAACGAGCACAACCUGGGAGGUCGGAAGGAGUGUGAUGCCGAUCCCGGGACGGCACAAAGGCUCAUCCUCUACGAGGUGGUCUCAUUCGCAUUCUUCCUCCUAUCAAGUCUCGCCGCCACGACUUGCAAAGUCGUCCUCAACACAAGAAACCUAUUAGAUAGCGAAUUCGGGCUUUUCAAGCACAACCGGGACAUAUUGGUGUCGGUGGCAGGGAUCGCGUCGUUUGUUGGAGUUGUUCUUCUGACGCUUUCGAUGGUUAACGUCGUGGAGAUCAAGAUUGGGAAGCUGUCUUGUGGGAACGUUUAUGCUAUCCAAUCUGUGGUCUAUUUGUGUACGAUUGUGCUUGUUGCUUUGCUCAUCUACGGCUCACACAUGAUUGCUGCUCUAUGGUAUUGUCUCACCUUGGAGAGAUGGUAUUUGCGGGCUUCUGAUCAAUAAACUUAGUGCUGAGUUGAAGAGCCAAAGAAGUCGGACGCAUGCAGAUCAUGUUGGUGCAUGAAUAAAUAAAUAAAAUGUCUUGACUCUUGUAUUAGACUGUGUGUGCAAGUGUGUUUCUACUUUCUACUUCAGGCCAUAUUUUACUCAUUCUGUCGUGUAAAAUAGU